CUCCUGGUCGUCUUGGGUUGUUCUGGCUUGCCCACAUUGUUUCUGUAGCUUUCAUGGCUCUGGAUGGCUAGUGAAGAAGGAUGUUCAGUCUAAUGGCCAAUUGCUGUGGCUGGUUAAAACGGUGGCAGGAGCCUGUCAGGAAGGUGACACUAAUAAUUGUGGGUCUUGAUAAUGCUGGUAAAACUGCUACAGUCCGAGGAAUUCAAGGAGAGUCUCCUGAAGACGUGGCUCCAACAGUUGGAUUUUCCAAGAUUCACCUUAAACAGGGACGCUUUGAAGUCACCAUCUUUGAUUUAGGAGGUGGAAAACGAAUUCGAGAUAUCUGGAGAAAUUACUAUGCGGAGUCCUACGGUGUAAUAUUUGUUGUGGAUUCCAGUGACAUUGCAAGAAUGGAAGAAACAAAACAAGCCAUGAUAGAAGUUUUAAAUAGCCCUAAGAUAUCAGGAAAACCUGUGUUAGUGCUGGCAAAUAAGCAGGACAGAGAAGGAGCUCUGCCAGAAGCAGAUGUAAUCGAAUCCUUAUCUCUGGAAAAGCUUGUCAAUGAACACAAGUCUCAAUGUCAAAUUGAACCUUGCUCAGCUGUCAUGGGCUGUGGGAAAAAAAUUGAUAAAUCAAUAAAAAAGGGUUUAUAUUGGCUUCUACAUAUCAUAGCAAAAGAUUUUGAUGCCUUAAAUGAGCGUGUCCAAAGAGACACUGCAGAACAAAAAGCAUAUGAAGAACAAAAGAAACUAGAACGAGCUGAGCGAGUGAGAAGGAUACGAGAAGAAAGGGAAAAAGAAGAAGGAAGAAGUAUACCUGAUGAGGAAGAUCCUGAGCCUGGGAACUGUGAAAACCCCUUCCAGCCUAUAUCUGCUGUAAUCUCUGAG